GGAAGAGCAGCCGCCGAGAAAGGCGCCAAGCGGGUGGAGCGAGCCCCGGGCCUCCCUCAGCCGCCGCCGUUGCGGAGCGCGCUGCCUGCGGCCCCAACAUGGACGAAGAGGGCGGCGGGGGUGGCGGCGGUUGGAAGCAUGGCAAGCACUAGCUCUGGUGUCUAAGGAUGCCUGGGCACCACAGCUCCGCAGGUUUCCUUUCCAAAGAAAAUUCUGCUCAGGCUCUCGCUGCGGUGUCUGCUCUGCAGGUUGUGGAAGGCACCUCGCACACAGUGAGACAGACUGAUUGCCAUUCAGCCCUACUGCUGGGAAAACGUUUUAUCUGUUUAGAAUGCCUGAUGACCUCUCCAUAGAAGAAAGAGAAGAACUUUUAAAUAUUCGUCGCAGGAAAAAAGAACUGAUUGAUGACAUUGAGAGAUUAAAAUUUGAAAUAGCUGAGGUUAUGACAGAAAUUGAUAACCUGACCAGUGUGGAAGAAAGCAAAACUACACAAAGAAAUAAACAGAUAGCUAUGGGAAGGAAGAAAUUCAACAUGGACCCUAAGAAGGGAAUACAGUUUCUGAUAGAAAAUGACCUCCUGCAGAACACUGCAGAAGACAUUGCACAGUUCCUUUACAAAGGAGAAGGAUUAAAUAAAACCGUAAUUGGCGAUUACCUCGGUGAAAGAGAUGAAUUUAAUAUUAAAGUUCUUCAGGCUUUUGUUGAACUCCAUGAGUUCGCUGAUCUCAAUCUUGUACAAGCCUUAAGGCAGUUUCUGUGGAGCUUCAGACUCCCAGGAGAGGCUCAAAAAAUUGAUCGUAUGAUGGAAGCUUUUGCUUCACGCUAUUGCCUUUGUAACCCAGGAGUUUUUCAGUCUACAGAUACAUGCUAUGUGCUAUCAUUUGCGAUCAUUAUGUUAAAUACCAGUCUGCACAACCACAACGUAAGAGAUAAACCAACAGUAGAGAGGUUUAUUUCUAUGAAUCGUGGAAUUAAUGAAGGUGGAGACCUUCCAGAAGAAUUGCUACGAAAUUUAUAUGAAAGUAUUAAGAAUGAGCCGUUUAAAAUUCCAGAGGAUGAUGGAAAUGAUCUAACGCAUACAUUUUUUAAUCCAGAUAGAGAAGGUUGGCUGCUGAAAUUAGGAGGGGGAAGAGUAAAAACAUGGAAACGAAGAUGGUUUAUUCUGACCGAUAAUUGCCUGUAUUACUUUGAAUAUACGACAGACAAAGAACCUAGAGGGAUUAUUCCAUUAGAAAACCUUAGCAUAAGAGAAGUUGAAGACCCUAGAAAACCAAACUGCUUUGAGCUCUAUAACCCCAGUCAUAAAGGGCAAGUGAUUAAAGCCUGUAAAACCGAAGCUGAUGGUAGAGUGGUAGAAGGCAACCAUGUAGUGUAUAGAAUAUCUGCUCCCACCCCAGAAGAAAAAGAAGAAUGGAUUAAAUCUAUCAAAGCAAGUAUAAGCAGGGAUCCAUUUUACGAUAUGCUGGCAACAAGGAAACGAAGAAUUGCAAACAAGAAAUAGAAUGUGAUCAGCGGCUUGUAUACAUGCAUCAACUUAUAAAUGAACAUACAGUUGAGUGAUAAUGUAAAAAUUGGACAAACUAAGUGAAGACAUUAACUGUAAAUUUUAUAUAUAUAUAUAUAUAUAUACUUUACUAUGACAUAAAAACUUGGCAAGAUCUUUCAAGGUAAAUAGUUACUGGCAUAUAAUUUGAAGUAAACUUCAAAUCCCAGAGGAUGAUUUUGUUGGAACUUUAUUCAACUGAAAACAUGGAAGCCUUGUUUCUGCUUAUGUUAGUUACAGCUCCAGUUUACUUUGAUUGGCAGGGAAGGAAUUCCAGGCUAAUAUGCUGUACCUCUUCCUUGAGCUCAUUGUCCAUAAACAGAGGAGCAAUUGAAGUUAUUUUAAUCUCCAUUAAAUGCAACACUACGAAGUGGAGUCGUGGGCGAUCCAGCACUUGAUUUUUCUGUAAGCAGAAAACCCACAAUCUCAGUAGCAGUUUUCAAAUCUUGUGCAUCUUGCAGUAAAUGACCAGCUGAGUGAAGCUUUCAUUUAGAGUAUGUGCUCCUAUGUUAGAUGGAAAUAGCUUUUCUUCUUCAGAAGUGCAGCUGAGUGGUGGACUGGCAGCUACAUAGUUAACUAGUUGUGCCAAAGGGUUUGUGUUGAAUGCACUGAAAAAUAUGCAGGUCCCAACAGUAAAGGAUUGUCUGUAGGCAUGACACUGAGUACAGAUGUGGUUUGAUAUUUGCCAGUAGGCUAAAACUCAUUCCAGUCUGCUCACGCACAAUAAGCAGUAAGAUUUAAUGACUGGUUUCAUCUGCUUUUUAUAUAGUAACAUCCUUCUUAUGUUUUAGAUAUGUUGUAGUUAAAGUAACACUAAGUUACUACUAAAGGAAUAAGAUGACAGGGCUUGCAUGUGUUGCAUUAGGCUUUGCAUGUGAAAACACCCCCUAAUAAUUUCACAUGCAUUUAAUAUUUUUAAAGGGAAAAAACAGGAAGGUGUGCUCUUUCUGUAAGGUACAGCCCUAGAUAGUUAAGGCGUCAGCAUUCAUUCCUUUGCCUGAUAGCAAACUUUUAACAUACAGAAAAGUUAAAUAUUUUCAUUACAUUCUUAAAGGCGAUUUUUCAGACUUGUGCUUCAGUCAUUCAAGUUGAAGAAGUGAGUAGACAUCCUUACUUUUACGUAAAGAACAAAAUCUGUAUCUAAGGUUGUGUUAUCUAACACACCUAAACUCCCACCCCCACAUUUUUUUUGUAACUUCUGGAAGAUCUUUUUGCAGUCCCACUCUGAUAGCCUUUCAGUAACAUACAAACUGCCGUGGCAGAGUCUGUUCCAGUGCUUUUCUAUUGACAGUGUGCAUAACACUAAAGGUAAAGCCCUUCAUUUCACAGUGGGGACAUAAAGUGUUUGUUUGGACCCUGCUGCUUCUGUUAGUACUCAUUUUUUUCACAAACUUGUUGAACCUGAGCCGUGCCUACUGUGCCAACAAAUGCUUUGGUGACAGAGUUGUGUUGUCAAAGCAACACUUUGCUUCUCGGAGUUAACAGAAGCAGCUCUGGAUACAUGAUAGAGAAUUGUGCUGCAUUGAGAAAAACAGACACUAAGUUGAUCUAUUUCAAAUCUCAUUUUAACUUUAAAGGACAGUUAGUUUCGUGGUUCCUGUCUUACUAAUUUGCCUUGUUUUGCAUGGAAUGUCAGCCUGUGAAUAUUUUGCUUUAUUGCAUGCUUCAAAAAAAGGCUGAGAGGAAGAGCCUGGAGGAACCUUUUCUAUACUAUAUACUAUUUCUAUACUCCCCGAGCAUGUGGAAUUGCAGGCUACUUGGAUGAAUGUUCAAAUGUCAGUAGGGGAGCAAACCUCAGCCAAAGGAGGUAGAAUCCUUGCUUAACAAGUAAGUAUCAAUGUGGGGACAUCUUUGCUUAAUGGUAGGCAUUUAAACUCUUUAUAGAAACGAAUUAAGUUGUACAUCUUUUGUUUGGAAAGCAGUAUGGUUACACAGCUGCUAACAUAAUGACUUGAGUCUUCCAUUCUGCAACUUCAAGUUUUGUUUUCAAGCAGUGCAUACAUCAGUUUUAGCUUUGGACAAGCAGAUUUGUAAUGCAAAUAGUGAUAAACCAGAACCAGUGGUACUGACGAGUGUAACGGUGAAAUGCAGCAAAUAAAGUGUUCCUGGAGAAAUGUGAGAUUACAAAAACAGUAAGCCAUGAAGCACUUUUUUUUUUUUUUUUUGAUCAAUUCUUACAUUCUGAAAUAUCACCUUCAAGAAAAUCUGUUUAUCUAGCCAGGUGAGGGUGUCUACCUGUAAGCAUGAAGGAAAUGCCUUGAGAGUUUAUUUGCUGUAUUUGGUUUAAAGUUCUUAUAUCCUGCAGAAAAGAUUAUUUAGAUUAACAUGUAACUGAGGAUAUAGCAGGAAAUAUAUUAUUUCUAGCAUUAAAAUGCAACAUCUAAACCAGCUAUUUGUGGUGCUCAAUGUAACUAUUUAAUUUACCAAAGCUAAUGGAAUAUCAUUCUUUUGUGUGAUAAUAUUUGAUUUCAAAUGUUUUUUGUAACAGUAUUAACAGGGAGUGAAACUGGCCCAGAAUUUCCACUGGCCACGAGGCCAGUAAAACAAAGUGGCUUGUGAAAAUUUUGGCCAAGUCAGGUACUAUCCAUGAGGGUGAAGAAAAAUCUCUCAACCUUUCCCUUUUUUUAUUGGGCUUCAAGUCCAGGUGUAGCUACUAAGGCUAGCUGCUCUGUGGCCUAAAGCAAUACCUGUUACAGUUUGGCCAUGCUGAGGAAAAGUCCUCUGGGGACAGCAGACUUCUCCCUUCCCAUUGCGCUGAAAUUUGCAUAAUUCUUCAGCUCUUUACCAUUGCCCUCUGAAACUACAGGGGCCAGCAAGAGCCGCUACUGCUUCUGCCACACAGACGGCUUCUCAAAUACCUAAACCAUUUGGCCACUAACUUCAGCCACGCUGCCAGUGCAAUCUAGGGAGAGAACUGUAUAUAAUACUUAAGCUCAGCUGGACUGACUUAAAUUUUACAAUAUUCUGACAAAAUAAGCUCUAAAUCACUUAACAUUUUGAACAGUUUUAAACUGGUACAAAACUGAACCUUUAUAAACCAAGCAGCAUUUAUAAUGCUUCAUAUAUAAAAACAAUGCCUAUUUUUUAAGAUUUAUUACAUAUCUAUGUAGAUAUGCUUGCUGGAAAAGCUAGGUCUGUUGUAGACCAAAUGCUACAAAUUAAGACUUGUGGCUUACCAGUUUCAUUUCUAUAUUUUCUUGGAAAAUGUUUCUAGUUAGAGUUUAAAUAUAAAAUGUAAAUACUGUACAGAUAUGUAUUGAUAUAAGUAUUACUUGGUGUACACAGGUGAUUUGCAUGACAAAUACUCUGUAUCGAUCAUUGUUAAAAAUGUAAUGUUCUGUGUAAAUCCAUUGCAAUAUUAAUCUUUUCACUUAUCAUCAAGAGCUGUUACUUAAACCUGGACGUUCUCAAAAAUAAAGUGUGAAACUAUA